AUGCCUAGACUAGAUAGAGGACUGGUGGAGCACAAGUUGCUAAUAAAAGAAGGAUACCUACCAGUCAAGCAGGCCAAAAGGAGGAUGUUUAUGGAGACAGAACUGAAAGUUAAAGAAGAAGUGGAGAGACUGGUUAAAGCAAGUUUUAUUAGGCCAGCCAUUUAUGCUGAUUGGUUGUCCAAUAUUGUACCAGUUCUUAAAAAGAAGACAGGGGCAGUCAGAAUAUGUGUGGACUACAGGAAUCUGAACGAAGCAUCUCCCAAAGACGAGUAUCCAAUGCCUAUGGCAGACAUGCUAGUAGACGGAGCUGCUCAUAAUCAAAUGAUGCCAUUCAUGGAUGGCAAUGCAGGAUACAAUCAAAUAAUGGUGGCAGAAGAGGACAUCCACAAGAUAGCCUUCAUGUGUCCAGGGCAUAUAGGUGAUUUUGAAUGCACUAUAAUGCCUUUUGGCUUGAGAAAUGCAGGAGCCACUUAUCAAAGAGCAAUGAAUUCUAUUUUCCAUGACAUGAUAGGUCAUUCUCUAGAGGUUCAUAUAGAUGAUGUGGUGAUUAAAUCCCCAGAAAAAGGAGAUCAUGUAUCAAAUCUAAAAAAGGCAUUCCUAAGAGUGAGACAACACAAAGUGAAAAUGAAUCCCAAGAAAUGUGUUUUUGGGGGUUCAAGCUGGCAAUUUCUUAGGUUUCUUGGUCCACCAAAGAGGAAUAGAAAUCGACAGGAACAAAGCAAAAUCUAUCAUGGAAGCUUUGCCACCUCAAAACAAGAAAGAAUUGCAGAGUUAAGACAGCAAGAGAUCACAAUUGAUGCAAUCCUUGCUUGUUAA